AUGGUUCGAAAGCUAAAGUACCAUGAACAAAAACUGCUUAAGAAAGUAGACUUUAUACAUUGGAAAAAUGAAAACAAUCUCCGCGAAAUUAAAGUUCUUCGCCGUUAUCACGUCCAGAAUCGCGAAGACUAUUACAAGUACAACAAGCUCUGUGGUGCCAUAAAAAAGCUUGCAAACCGGAUUUCAUUACUCAAUCCGCGCGAUCCUUUCAGAGCGAAAAAGGAAGAAGCCUUAUUAGAGAAGCUGUAUCAGAUGGGCUUAAUUACAGCCAAAUCACAAUUUUCUGCUGUAGAUGGGAUUACAGUUUCGGCCUUUUGUAGACGUCGACUACCAAUAGUGAUGUGUCGUUUAAAAAUGGCCGAAACUGUAAAAGAAGCCAUAACUUUUGUCGAACAAGGGCAUGUGAGAGUUGGUCCCGAGACUAUCACUGAUCCGGCAUAUUUGGUUACGAGAAAUCUCGAGGAUUUUAUAACGUGGGUUGACACUUCGAAGAUAAAGCGCAAGAUUAUGACGUACAACGAUCAACUCGAUGACUAUGAUUUUUUAUGA